AUGACCGAUGACGAGAUCGAUGCCUUCUUCAAGGAUAUGGAUUCCAACGGCGACGGCUUUGUCGAAUAUUCUGAGCUCGAGGCGAAAUUGAAAAAAGUUCACGAGGAGUUAGCACCGAACCCGGAACGCCAUCACCUCAAUCAUCCUGAUCGACGUGAUGUCGAAAAAGGGGGGGAGGUCGACGAGUUACACGAGUUUAUGCGCAAAAUCAUGCCAGGCUGUUCGCAGCGAUUGAGCAAGGAAGAGUUCCACGCGCGGGUGUCGACAUGGCAGGUGCCCUCCCAAAGGCAAACUGGAGCCCAGGAACAGCAGAAAGAAGAAAAUGAAGUCGUCAAACGCUGGCCAAUGACGACUCGCAUACGCGCUCUAUGGGCUGUCUACAACCACAACGUCUUUUUCCUAACUCUAGUCGUCGCCUUUAUCCUUGGUAUCAGCCUCUGGCAAUUACUUAUCUACGCGCUCAGCGGCGAGGCACGAGCUGCCUUGGGCUGGGGUGUCAUUGUUGCGAAAGGCAGUGCUGGAGCAAUCUAUCCCAUUUUCAUUUUCAUGCUGCUUAGCAUGAGCCGACAUCUUCAGACUUUUGUUCGCCGCUCGCGGACUAUCUCGAGAAUCAUCGAUUGGGACCAUGCUCAAGUGUUUCACAUCUACAUUUGCAUCGCAGGUCUAUUCUUUGCCUCGCUGCAUGCUAUCGGUCACCUCUCGGGGUCUUUCGUCUUUGCUUCGAGGACAUCCCCCGAGGCACAACGAGCUAUUGGCUCAUACCUUGGCGUGCAGACUCCUCGUUCAUACGUCGCUUAUGUGCGCAGCCUACCCGGAUGGAGUGGUGUUGUCUCAAUAGGACUAUUCUGGAUCAUCAGCGGGCUCAGCGUACCUUAUAUCAGGAAGAACUACUUCGAGCUCUUCCAGCUAGGUCACUUGCUCAUGUUUCCUCUGCUCGGUCUACUCUGUGCACACGGAACAGCACAGCUUCUCCAGUACCCGAUGUUCGGAUUUUUCUUGUGCGUGCCGAUCCUGUUUGUUCUCCUCGAGCGCUCUUGGAGACUUCUUCGCAGCUUCCGAUCUCAGCCUGCCAUCGCCAAGCGCCUCGACAAGUCGACGGUGCUCAUUUCUGCCAAACGUCGCGAUGACAAGGAUUGGAACUUUUCAGCUGGUCAAUAUUGUCUUGUGCAGGUGCCUGCGAUCUCUCGAUUUCAAUGGCAUCCUUUCACCAUUUCUGGGGUUCACGGCAAAGUGCUUCAGGUCCACAUCAAGGCGGACGGCGACUGGACGAACAAGCUUCACGAGCUCGUCUCGUCAUCCGAGGGCCGAGAGCUUCGAGUCGGCAUUGAUGGACCUUUCGGUGCGCCUGCUCAAGCUUUUUACGAUUACGAUUACAGCUUGAUUAUUGGAUCCGGCAUUGGUGUGACUCCUUUCUCCGCCAUCAUCAACGACCUUGAGGACCAACUUCUCGACGCUGACGACCGGGAUCCAUGGGCAGCACGCCGCAGAUCGAGCACGGUCGUCAAGCACCCCAAUCCCUCCCGCCGGGUAGACUUCCACUGGGUGGUCAAGGACAAAUCCGACCUGCUCUGGUUCUCCGACCUACUCAACCGCAUCAUCGACAACGAUGCCUCCCUCGCCCGGCGAGGUGAUCUCGACCUCAACAUCCACACCCACAUCACCACCAAGCGAAACAACAUCUCGACGCACGUCUUCCGUUAUGUCCUCGACAGUUACCGCACGGAGAAGGCGCCGUAUUCCGCGUUGACCGGCUUGAAGCAGCCUUCGCAUUUCGGUCGUCCGGACUUUGCGGCCAUCCUCAACGACCACAUGGACCAGCUCCUCGAAGUGGGGAUCCGUGAUAAGAAGAUCGGCGUGUUCUUCUGUGGUGUACCUGUCGUGGGUGAGAUCAUCAGUAACCAAUGUCAUGAGAAUACGGUACGCGGGAGACAGUUGAAGGUCAACUUGGAGUAUGAGUUCAAUAUGGAGGUGUUUGGGUGA